AUGGCCGCCGAACAGCGAAAGCUGCUUGAGCAGCUCAUGGGCGCAUCCGCGACGUCGCAAGCCGCCAAAGUCUCCUUCUCCGAUCCCAAACUAUGCCGCUCGUAUAUCGCCGGCACGUGUCCGCAUAUUCUCUUCACCAAUACGAAGCAGGACUUGGGUCCUUGCCUAAAAAUUCACUCUGAAGCCCUCAAGACCGAGUACGAUGCCAUGUCGGAACGCGAGAAGAGCAAGCUCGGUUUCGAAUACGAUUACAUUCGACAUUUACACCAAUACAUUGACGAGUGUAACAGGGGUAUCGAGGCUGCUCAACGGCGCUUGAAGAAGACCCCAGAAGAGAUUCGCCAGACCAACAUCAUGUUGAAAGAGAUUACCGAUUUAAACACGUCGAUCCACAACGGUCUCCUCGAAGUCGAAAUACUCGGCUCCAUGUCAGAGGUCUCGCGCGCGCAGGAUGAGCUGUUCCGCGUGCGCCAAGCCAUGCAGGCCAAGGCAGAAAAGGAAAGGGAGCUCAAGGCACUCGCCGACACCUCUGGCCCGUCGGGCCACCAGAAGCUGCAAGUCUGCGACGUCUGCGGCGCGUACCUCAGCCGCCUGGACAACGACCGCCGCCUGGCGGAUCACUUUUACGGCAAGAUGCACCUGGGCUUUGCGCAGAUGCGCAAGACGUAUGAUGCCUUCCCGCGGGAGAUGAGGUCCAGAGCCAGGACCAUGCACGACGACGACGGGCCUGGCGGCGGCGGCCCGCGGGGACCAAGAGGUCAUGGGGGAGGGGGGGGGAGGAGGAGGAUACAGAGGCAGAGGUGGUCGUGGUUACCGCGGCGGAUGGUAGAUUAUGCUCAAGACUUGGACAUGCGGGAAAAUGCAUGCAAAUUGGUGUCGAUGGUGUUAUGGGUGUUUUGUUGA